AUGGCGCCUUUACUCGCUACCUUAAUACCCCGCGAUUCUCGAUUCAAUCCAGCUACAACCUCGAAUGAAUUCAGGGAUCAAUAUAUCCACCCAGGCGAUAUUUUCAGUGUCCUACUCAUUUUGGGCGGUGAUGUCGUCGCUCGCGCUCUGGCGCAACUCGCAGAUGGCGGACUAACGCCUUUCACGUUCUCAUUUGGAUGGGUAGCUUAUUCCGUCUCCGCGCUUGUCUCUGCCGUUGGCGAAAACAAGCUUAUGCCACAGAGCCCAGAUUGCCAAUGCAAAGUCAUCAACGGCAAGAACGGACAAAUAAGAAACAAUUCGAGCUGGGUUCUAGGCAGAAUUGUGCGCGAUUUUGAGAUAUGGAGCGACCUUGCGACCAAGCAAAAGACUAGAGAGCUCUUGACCACAAAGUGGAUCGAGAUGAAAGCCCGAGAUACGGAUGCAGAGGAGCCAACAAGAGCUGGCCUUGUUGUUACUAUCUAUAAGCCAAGUGACACAAGUCGUGCUGGCGUAGCAAAGCGCGAUAUGGUCUACUGGAGCGGCUUGCUUGUCUUGGUAGUUCAGCUGGGAAUCGCAGCUAUACCCUGUGGACUGUUUGGCGAUUGGGGUAUUUUGUUAAUCACAGUGUGUGGUAAUGCGCUUGCCAUUGCCACGGGCCUUCUCCCACAAUGGAAGAAGGAAAAGUGGGCAUGUCGGACUAAGUCUAAAGAGACCUAUGUUCUUACUAGAGGCAACGGCGCCCAACAUGCUAUCGUCAUCCUAGGUAAUAAACAUGGCUUGAAUCUUGAAGAUUUGGCAUCGGGGCAGAGCAACAUUGAUGCCUCUACUAAUAAUCUUACCCGAAUUAUUCUUCUAAUACUCUCGACUCUUUGGGUUCUUUUUCUUAUCGCCGCAUCGGGUCUAAAGACGAACACUUGGUUUCUUCUUGGCAUCGGUGCUAUCGGCAUUGUUCAAAAUGUUUUUGUUGCUGGUUGGAAUAGGCGACCAGAAAAUUUUGGCAUCCCUCUUGAUUUUAUAGAUGUCUUUGGCCAAACGAAAGUGAUGGAAACACUACAGGACGUUGAAAAAAGCUAUCAGUAUUUAGGUCAGAGCAUGCUGCAAGAGUUUUUCUCUAGAAAGCUUCGUCCAGACGAAGAAGAAGAGUGGGAACAGAUCAACAAAUCUCAUGAAGCUAGAAGGCUCCGGGCUCAACAGCAGCAAGCUCAAUACCCUCAAGCUUAG